AUGGCUGCUCGGGAGUUCCGCACCAUACAGACCUUCUCAGGAGCCUACGUACACGUGCUGCGGGCUGCGCUGCCCGACGCCGAGCUGCUGCGGAGCUUGGGCCGGCUGGGCUACGUGCGGCUGGAUGAGCACCGCCUCGCUGUGUCCCAGCUGCCUCCGGGCACCGAGCUGACCGCUGCUGCGUGCGGCUUCUUUGCCUGCCGGCUGGAGUGUGAGAUCCUGGCCGAGGUGCUGCUGCGGCUGCAGCCACGCCUGCCGCGUGCCGACGAGCUGCUGGAUGCGCGCCGCGUCGCCGGGGACGUGGAGGCCUGCGUGGAGAUGCUGCGGGAAGCAGCUCCUGGCUGCGAGGAUGGCAGGGAUCUCUACGGGGACAUACCGGACAGCCCUGAAGAUCUCUAUUUCGAGAGGCCAGACAGUCCUGAGGAUGGUGGAGAGCGAGACACGAGCCCCCCGGUGCUGAGCUCCAAGCUGCAGGGCGCACAGGACGUGCUCGGGAGGAACUGGGACGCCUAUGAAUGUAGUGAGCUCAGGCAGGAGCUGUUCUCCUCCCCAGCUAUCCCCAAGCCAGACCCUUCCUCUUCUCGCUUCUUCCUGCAGCAGGAGCAGAGGGAGGUGGGCAGCAGCCUCCAGCUGCUCAGCCCUGCGCGGCUGUCCCCCGGGGAGCCCCCACCAAGCAGCCACACCAGGGCUCAGCCCCCCGCUGCCCCGCAGCAACUCCCUGAGCUUCCCUCCUACCAGCUGCACUCAUGCCUGCGGCAGGGCACGCUGCCUGCCUACUGCUGCACCACCUGCCAGCAGCUGCAUGCCGGUACCUGCGCGGCCGGGCUGGCUUGCCGCAGCCGGCACCGUGGGCAGGAGCUGUGCUCUGAGCGGCAGCAGCGCCUCUGGCUGCAGCGCACAGAGGUGGACAUGCUGCUGGCUGACAGCACCAGCACUCGGCCCUAGCAUGGCACUUCAGCUUGAGGGGACGCUGCUGCUGCUGCUUGUCCUGCCUAGAGACACUGAACUCAGCCCCAUGCUCCUACCGAGCCCUGCAGAGCAGUGCCAGGGAGGUGAGAGCUGGGAGGACUGAGCCCUGUUCUGGUUCCUGCUGUAAGUGGCUCACUGCAUCCCAGUAAAGUGUGGCUGCCUCAUGA